AUCUCUAAUCUGUCGAACAAAAUCUAUUUAUGUCUGUUAAUUUCGAAAACAUUGUUUAACAGACCAUCAAAAUUUCACAUAAUUAUGGCAUUUUGUACGCAACGAAAAUUUCCAGGUCAAAGUUAUGAAAACAGCGGAUUGGCCGAAAUCAAUAAAAUGAAAGCCUACAAUUCCAUCAGGGACCAUCGAGCUUGGUCAACCGAUCAAAAUCAACAAACUAGCUAUUUAGUUGACGCUGUUCAUAAGGGUGACGAAGAUAUUGUGGAUUUGCAACAUACAAUGACGAUUGGAUUAGCUCGUUGUAGAAGUGAUGUUAAGAAAUUUUCGAAACGAGUCGGUACGGCUGAUGUGGACCAGCAUUCAUCCGCUGUCAGCCAAAGCGAUAGUAUGCAAAUCAUUGAACUCAGUAUGGAACUCGAGGAAACGAGAUUGACGAACAGCACAUUGAAGAGUGAAAACGCAGACCUGAGAAAGCGUAUUGCUAAGAUUAUGGCAUCCGGUCACGAGCACGAACGAGACGAAAAUAUGCAAAAUCAUUUACAAAUUCUGGAGAAAAUCAUUUCGGAGCGAAACGAUUUAAGAGAUUUAUUGGACAAAUUUUUGAGCGUCACCGAUCAGAUUGUCGAGCUGAAAGUGCAGGCAGACCAUAUGAAGAACGUGGAAAACGAUUACAUUUUGCUUCAAGCUAAGUGUAGGGAGCAGGAACAGGAAUUGCAAAUGUUACGGAAAGAGAAGGAAGUAUUCGAGGAACGAAUCAGGGAAUUGGAGACAACCCGGGCCGAAACGAAUGCGUUGAAGGAAUCCAAUUCAAAAUUAGAGAAAGACUUGAUGGAGCUAUCCAGCGUCAUUUCCGUAUCCGAUGGUUUUAUCAACGAUCAGGAGCUUGAAAUUAAAACGAAGCUGCAUACCAUCAGUGAACUCAACCAACAAAUUGACAAUCUGAAAAUGGCGCUAUCCGAGGCAGAGAUGAAGCUGAAUAAGAAAUUGCGACUGGAAAUGGAUGUCGAAUUGAUGGAGAAAGAAUUGUCGAUGAUGAUUGAAAAUUCAGCGGAAUCGAGUCCGUACACUCAACAAGUGGUCGAUAGACAGGUUGAGGAUCUAGCAACAGCAAUAAAGCUAACGUUGGGCUGCAUGACUAACGAAUUCGAGAAUGACGAAGAGGAUAAUCUGGUCGAAGCGAAUCGUCAAUUGAAAGCGUUGCUGUUGGAGUCGUCAAAUAAAAUCCUGGAAUUCAAAGAUGUCAUCAACAAACAGGAACAGAAUUUGAUGAAAGUUACGAACGAUUUUGCUUGUAAGAACGAAGAACUGACGGAAUGUUUAGCCACUGUUGAAGAAUUGAAACGGCAUUUGGCAAACCAAGAAUCUAAGAAAACUAUCACCGCUGGCUCACCGAAUGCUCAAAACGUUGUUGUGCCAGGCGUAGAUGAUAUACCCACGGUCGGAAUAGACGAAGAACAGGAAAUAUUUGAAAAAGAAAUGAAUCUUGCUGAUUCUCCACAAACGUCGGAAUACGAAGACGACGGACCCGAAAUUGAGGAUUUGGAAAACAUUUUCGAAAAGUCGUGCAGCCAACAAGAUACAGGCGAUGUCUAUAAGAUUACGUCUGGACUUCGAGGCCUAAAGCCAAGUGAAGACCUGAAACUGUUCAACAAAGUGAAAAAUGAAUCGAUGCCAGCGACAAAACCGGGCUUGUCUGGUGCAGCGAAAAGUGGUCGUGAAACUUUCACCAAAAGUGCAUCACACUCGGCAGAACAUUUGAGAAGGCUCUCCGAUAAGAUUGAACGCAUGAGCAGCUAUAUAAACGAUUUAGAAUCUCAGAACAAUAAACUGAAGAGCCAAGUAAAGGAAGCAUCGUCUACUGGCAGGCGAAAUGUAGAUAUUGAUGGUUCAAAGAAUGAUGAACGCGAUACGUUGAAGGAUGUCUCCACACAUGCGACUCAUUCCCGCUUUUCUACUGUAGCGAAGGUCAGCCAUGCUGGUCUCAAGACAGACGCCGAUGUGGCGGAUGCUUCGAGUAGAGUAGCCGAUAUUGUAGGGAGCAAUCAACUGAACAUCGAAUCAAAGAGUAAACUCUCUACGGAUGCUUCGAGUGGAGUAGCCGAAGGCACAAAGGACAAUCAACUGAAAAUUGAAUCAAAACUCUCGAAGGAUCCGAUGAAUGAACAAGAUCUUUGUCAAGCUUCAAGUGCCGCGAAUGUUACCGAUCCUACGAAUAAUGAACGUGAUAAGUUGAAGGGCAAAUGCGAACCUGUGGCUUAUUCCCCAAUCUUCAAUGUAACAAACAUCGGUCAUGAUAGUCAAAAGACCGGGUCCGAUGCUGCGGAUGUUUCGGGUGGAAUAGCAGAUAAUUCAUCGAACAUCGAAUUGAUCAUCGGAACAAAAGAAAAAGUCUCAAAGGAUCCGGCGUAUAAUGAACGAGAUAUUUGUGAAGCUCCAGCUACCCCGAGAACUAGUGAAGAAUUUGCUAAUUUGCAACACAAGCUGAAAUACAUGAUAUCAGAAAUUAACCUUUUACGGAUGUCUAACCAAAAAUUGAUGGACACUAUUCGAAUGCUUCAGCAAUCAACUUUGUUAAAACCGUCGUCAUCAGAUCCAGGGAACGAAUUACUGAAAGAGGCACACAGUGAAGAAUCUUCAGACAAUGCUACACAAGAUAGUCAGAAAAGCAUUCGUGGUCGUGAGGGUGUAGUUACAUCCGCCGAAAUAGAGAAACGUACAAACGAUGCCGAAAAAAUCGAUUUGGAAAAUGAACGAUCUGUCGCUGAGAUCAAUGACCUGAUAAGCUCAAAAAUUCUUUCCCAACUUGCAGAAAAAGAUGUUCUGGAUACUGACUUGUACGAUCUGAUUUCGAAAAAUGAAGAAUUGAGGAACGCAAAUGAGCAACUUCUACGCAGAAUUAGUUGUCUGGAACAAGAUGUCCAGACCGCAAACAAAUCAAGCUCCAUGCACCGAGAAAGACUUUCAACCAAAUCACAGCAAUUCGAAUGCGACUUACCCUCCGACGAUGUUGCAAGGAUAGAAAAUGAAAAUCUAAAUUUGAAAUUGGAAAAUGAGAAACUUGUCGUUGAGAUCGGGAAGCUGAAGAAUCUUGGAAAUGGUUCUCACUUGAAUGUGUUGGAAAUGAAGAAAGAAUUGGAAAGGUUAACUUCAAUCAAUGAACAGCUCAACGCGGAACUUUCUGCGAAAAAAUUAGAAAAAGAUUUGCUGCUAGCCAAGGAAGUGGAAUCGAUGCCACCAGAUAUGAGAGAUUUAGUGUUGAGAAAUGAAGAAUUGAGAACAGAAAAUGAAAAUCUUUUACUCAAAAUUCGUUCCCUAGAACAAGCUGAACAAUCACACCAAUCGAAGACUACUACCGAUCUGCCUGGUCAAAUCCAAGACGAAGAAAUCAGUGCGGAGCCCGAUUGGUUGCCAUCGAACGAAGAUCUUGUUGCCGAAAUUGAGAAACUACAGCAAUCCAAAAACAAAUCAAAUUUGACUAUUCGCCAAAUGGAAAAAGAAUUAAGAAAACUGGAGCUGGCCAACGAAAAUCUUUCAGUGCGUCUCAACGACAAGGAAUCCGAAUUGAAACACUUGUCCAUGUCACCGGAUAUUGUUAAUAUUCUCAAACAAAACGAGGAGCUGAAGAUGCUGAACAGGAAUUUGACUAUCGAAAUUAACGAAUUGAAAACAUCAGAAAAUCCUGACCGAUCAACCGAACCGAAUAUGAGGGAGGAACUCGAGGAGCUGGCGAACGUAAACAAAGCUCUGAUGACUGAAAUCAAUGAGCUUAGACAAAAGGCGCUUGGCAUUGGCUCAAACACAGACCAGCAACUUAUAUCUAUCGAUGAUGGUGCGUUAAUUGAGGGGAUGGAAACUGUCAGCACACAAACGAGUUCUCAGAUUAGUUUCUCUAAAAUAGAGAAGGACCUGGAACGUUUAGCUGCGUUAAAUGAAUGUACUUUAGCUCUCAACGACACAGACACUGAUAAAGUACAUUCACUGCUUGACGACACUACUCCAGACAUCAAUCAGCUACUCAAGAAAAAUCAGGAAUUAAAACUUGCCAACGAAAAUCUUUCGACGAAAGUUAGAGACUUGCAAGACACAGAGAAUCGAGUACAUUUGGAAGCAAUCGAAACAUCGAAUCGAUUAGAAACGCUUGCAGCUGCAAAUGAACAUUUACAAGCUCGAAUAACAGAGUUGGAACAGUCUUCGUCAAAUGAUCGACCGACCAAUUUGCAUUCGGUGAAAAAUGAAAACGAAAAUUUGAAAACAACAAACGCCCAACUCACACAACAGAUAGCCUUUUUGGAAGAAAAGCUUCACAGCAUUGAAAAUCGUACAGCUAGGUACUUGAACGAACAACAACCAUCCGCAGAAUCAAUGUCUGUACACACAAACGACGGUUUGGAUUUGGAAAUUGAUUGGAUGGUUGCUGAUAUGAAGAAGUUGAAAAAUAGAAACGAAAGCUUGAGAUCAACAAAUGAAAAGCUUUUGUCGCAAAUUAACGAAUUGCAAGCUUCCGUAAAUCAUCCGAGCAUUAAGGACGAGACAAAAAAUGUCGCGGAAAAGAUGCUGGACAAAAACGAGAGUGAUGCUCAGCUUAUAUAUGCCUGCAAUCGCAACAUUGAAAUUGAAUGGAUGAAGAGUGACCUGGACGCGUUGCAUAAGAAAAACGAAAAGCUUAAAAGCACCAACAAUGGUCUUGCGGCUGAAAUCGGCGCACUAAAAUGUUCCGAGACGCAAGCUCAUAAGAAUAUGCAGCAAAUGGAAAAGGAUCUACUGAGACUAUCGGCAAUGAACGAACGGCUAUCGACACAGUUGAACGAGAAGAGGCUCGAUAAAAAACAGUUGCUAAAAGUGCGCUCACAGGAGUUGGACUCUAAGGAUCUGUUGAAGAAAAUCGAAGAGUUGACAAACUCCAAUGAAAGUCUCGCAUCGGAAAUUACCGAAUUGAGAGGUUUGGACGUGGUCAAAAUGCGAAAUGAUUUGAAACGGUUGUCGUCUACUAAUGAUAGUUUGAAAACGCAAAUUGCCGAACUGAGCUUGCUGUCUUCUAACGAACUGAAAAUGGAAUCGAAUUGGAUGGCCGCUGAUAUGAAAAAACUGCUCAACAAGAACAAAAAGCUCAACAUGUCCAAUCAAAACUUGCUGAACGAAAUCAACGAUAUGCGCAAGGAAUUCAAAAGCUUGGAGAAUCGGGCCAACGUGAAUGCGCUGCAAAAAGUAAAGGAACUGGAUAGAUUGACCGCCUUAAAUGAAAAUCUUAAGGAUCAACUGAAUGCCGUCAACAGUGAAAGAAGGAAUUGCAAAUGCAACGACACUGGUGCGAAUUGUUCCAUUACGGACAUGCGAAAAGUGCAUAAGAAAAACGAAGAACUGAAGGCCGCCAACGAGAAACUUCUGUCGGUGAUAAUUAAUCUGAAGAAUUCUGAGAAGCAAGCAACCUCAAAAGUAGCCGAAAUGGAAAGCGAACUGCACAAGCUACGCGAAACAAAUCAAAGUCUUCAGGAUACGCUCGAAAAUUAUGUCGAAAAGGAUUGGAACAUACCGAAAACGGAAUUGGAACGAAUUUGUCAAUCAAUUUUAAACGAAGGCGUCUACUCACUUAGCAAUACGGAGUACAAUUAUAUGCAAAACUGGUUCGGUCAGACUGCGUCGGCGGAUCACGACAUUGCAAAAACUGCACGCAAAAAUACCACCCGAAAACACUGUAAAGUUUGUCACAAUUCCGUGGAUGCUUUCGGCAAAACUUGUGAGUGCAAGCAAUAUGAAGAAAAGAAGCGACUCAAUCUACUAAAGGAAAUUGAAGAAACAAAACUGGCCAUCCAGCACAUCCAAAAAAGCAACGACAUCGAAUUCGAUUUGAAUGAUGUGAAAAAUCGUUUGCUGAAGGGAAAACCAUCAGAUUCAUCGUCGUCGGAUGAUGAUAGUCCGCACGAACUUCGGAUGUCUCAGUCGCAGGAUGGCGUCAAUGUCAGAGCCCAUAUUAUUACGAAGUGUGUGAAACGUAGCCAUCAACCUCGCAAAUAGAGAGUGAGGUUUAGAAUUUAUAUUUUUAAUUGUGAUUUAAGGAAUUUUGUUAAAAUAAAUUGUCAACGGCGGACCUCUUUUCUAUUAAUUUGAAAAUGUUUCGCUGAAAGCGUUCACGGCUGUCAGAGGGAAACAUUUUAAAGUUUUGAUUAGUAGCUCCGCAGGUUGUUUACGGUAAUAAAGAAUAUAUGGA